AUGGAAUCGCCUCCAUCUGCACAAACCUCCGCUUUUGACUCCAUGGCCAUAGCGCCGAUUACAGAGAUCCUUUCGUCGAAACCGGAAGAUUUCCUCGGACCGUCCGCCCUUCUCUUCGCCCAGUCAACGGCCGCCCUGAAACAUUAUCUCGAUUCUCUAGCCUCGAACACAGCCCAACUUCAGCAGAAAGAACAGCUUCUUCAAAGCGGGCAGAAACGGAAACGAAACGAGAAUGUGUCGGGCCCCAGUUCGAAAAAGUUGCAGCUUCGUGAGGUACAUGUAGAUGGAUUCAAUGUGCGGCAAGUGUGGGAACAAACGCAACGAGUAUUGAAGGCUUCAUCGGAGCUUACCCGACAACAUGCUGCUGAUAUAUCGCAAAAUUUGGGUCAAGAAAAUGACAGCACUGGUAGUAACAGCGCCUCAGGCUCGGGCUCAGAAAUUGAAGACAUAAGUGAGGGUGAUAUUUCAGGCGAAUCGGAUGGUGACGAAGAUAUGGAGGAUACGUCAGGUUUCCUUGAGGAAAAAGAAGACGAGGAGGAGAAUGAACAAUUCGAAGAAGCCGACUCGCAGGGUUCAAUUGAGGUGGAUGGCUUAGAGGAUGACGACAAUGCUGCCAGCAAAAGGCAACCAGCAUCUUUUGUCCAAGAUCGCCACGGCUUAAAUGAUGGGUUUUUCUCGAUCGACGAGUUCAACAAGCAAUCAAUGCUUUUCGAAGACCUGGAUACCAAGCGGGCUAGAGACGACAAGGUUGGCAGUGACGAGGAGGAAAUUGAUUGGGAAGGUGAUCCUUUCUUACUCGGCGACGCCGAAUCGGAUUUAAAUGAGGAGGACGAACAAGAAGAAAGACUCGAUGAUGGGGACAUUGAUAGUGACCCUGAGGAUGAUGCACGAAACGCGACCUACGACCAAUUCUUCAAUCCACCUGCCUCCGAACAUAUCAAGAACAAGCACGUAUCCAAGGAAAAAUCUAAACCAUCUGACGAUGACCUCGACGCGGAUAUUGAUCGAGCCAUGGCGGAUGUCCACCGCGAUCUGUUUGAUGAUGAAGACUCCGAGUUUGAUGACAAUGAGAAUUCAAAGAGCAAAGGCAAAGCUGCCGAAACUAACCAGUCGACUCAUGAGAAGGCGCGGAACAAGAUUACGGAUGAAAUUCGCCGACUAGAAGCAGCUAAUGUCGCCCACAAGGAGUGGACUCUGACUGGUGAAGCUAGAGCGGCGGAUAGGCCACUUAAUUCGCUAAUUGAGGAGGAUUUGGAUUUCGAGCGGGUUGGGAAACCAGUCCCGGUUAUUACAGCAGAAAUCACAGACGACAUCGAAGCACUUAUCAAACGAAGGAUCGUUGCCAAAGAGUUCGAUGAUAUCAUUCGAAGACCACCGCCUGGGCUUGGUGACUAUAAGGAGGCAAGAAGCAAAUUCGUUUUGGAUGAAACGAAACCCCAACAGAGCCUAGCAGAGCUCUACGAGGUUGACCAUUUACAAGCAACUGAUAAAAACUUUGUUAGCAAGAAAGAUGAGAAACUGCAAAAGGAGCGGGAUGAAAUCACACAAUUAUGGAAUAACAUUUGUUCUCAAUUGGACACCCUUUCGAAUAUGCAUUUCCGGCCCAAACAGCCAUCUGCCAACAUCCGUGUGGUUGCGGAUGUCGACACUAUUGUCAUGGAGGAUGUUCGACCUUCCGGUGGAGAUGGUUUAGGUGCCGCUGGAACUCUUGCACCACAGGAGGUCUACGCUCCGGGGGAUAAGGAUCGCAGUGGAGAAUUGAUGACGAAGAGCGGUGCCGCGGUUGCUAGGGACGAGAUGUCACGGGAAGAGAAGCUUCGGCAUAGACGGCGCGAGAAGCAAAAGAAGCGGAAGAAGACGCUGCAAGCGCUCGAGAAUCAAAAUAGCGCUGCUGCAAAGAAACAACAGCUGGUGUCGAACCUUGGAAAGGGUGGAGUGAAAAUCAUUGGAAAAGACGGGUCUCUUACGGACAUGCGGGGACAAAAGGUUUCUACAAAUGAGAAAUCCACAACCCAGCAAGCAUUAAAACUAUAG